AUGGACGAUCACAACAAGGCCGUGGCGACCAUUGCAGGUCAGGUCAAAAAAUUCCACAGUCGCCAACAACCUUUUCGCAUCUAUCAUGGCUCGACGAAUAGCACACGGCAGUCUCAGCAUGACCACAACAACACCAUCAACACUGCACAUCUAAAUCAUGUUAUACGCACCGAUUGCGAAGCUCAAACCGUGCUGGUCGAACCCAAUGUUCCCAUGGACCAUCUUGUCCAGGCCACUCUGGCUGCUGGCCUGGUCCCUCUCGUCGUGAUGGAGUUUCCAGGUAUCACGGUCGGGGGAGGAUUUUCCGGGACAUCCGGCGAAAGCAGCUCUUUUCGGCACGGCUUCUUUGAUGCCACUGUAAAUUGGAUUGAGAUAGUCCUGCCGAACGGUGAAGUACGGAUUGCGUCGAAAAAUACGGAUCCCGAUCUCUUCUGGGGCGCUGCGUCGGCAUUCGGCACUCUGGGUGUCGUCACAUUGCUCGAGGUACAGUGUCAACAGGCUAAACCUUGUGUCGAGCUGAAGUACCAGUCCUCGUCGUGCAUGGCUCAAGCCAUGGACAUCUUCCGCACUGCGGCUGCGGAUCCGCAGAUCGAUUACCUCGACGGGAUCGUCUUCGCCAGGGAUCAGAUUGUCGUUUGUACAGGACGACUGACCGAUGCUUUGCCCGCAAAUGUCAAACCACAACGUUUCACCGGUGCUCGGGAUCCGUGGUUUUAUCUUCAUGCACAAAAACGUGCCAACUCAUGUUCAAGAAAACCAGACUACAUCCCCUUGACAGACUACCUUUUUCGCUAUGAUCGGGGCGGGUUCUGGGUUGCUCGGUACGCCUAUUCGUACUUCCUAGUUCCAUUCAACCGCAUCACACGCUACAUUCUGGACUAUUUCAUGCAUACGCGGGUGAUGUACCACGCUCUGCACGAGAGCGGACACUCCGAGCGGUACAUCAUCCAAGAUGUGGCUGUGCCAUACGCUGCGACAACCGAGUUCCUUGACUGGCUCGACCAGAAACAGAACUUUGGUGCAUACCCGAUCUGGCUGUGCCCUCUGCGGCAAUCAGAGGGCCUGAUGUCACGUACUGAUUCAAACAGUGCAGCCCUACCAUCUACCAGUGUAGAGGACGACGGGUACCUCAUGAACUUUGGUCUGUGGGCUCCGUCUCCCUUCCACAGCAACACCGCCGAGUUCAUCGCCCAGAACCGCCGGCUGGAGGGCAAAGUGCGCGAACUGGGCGGAAAGAAGUGGUUAUAUGCGCAUGCGUACUACACCGAAGAUGAGUUCUGGUCUCUAUACGAUAAGAGGAAAUACGACCAGCUGAGGGAGAGAUAUCAUGCGUCUUAUCUGCCGGAUUUGUAUCAGAAGGUUCGGGUUAGACUUGCGCCUGAGGAUGGUAAAGGUCAAGUGGGGUGGGGAUCUAUCCGAGAUAUUGUGUGGAACCUCUGGCCUGUGAGUGGGUUGUAUGGUGUCUACAAAGCCUGGAGGGGAGGGGAUUACCUGCUCAAGGCGAAGCAAAAGGGUAAGACUGCGAGUCAUUGA